CGGAGGGCGCAGGGGCAAGAAAGAAGGUGAAGGGGCCGCUGCGAGCGCUGAUCAUCACGCCGACCCGCGAGCUGGCACUGCAGAUUGUAUCGCACAUAAAAGACGCGGCCCGCCACACGGGCAUCCACGUGGCCGGCAUCGGUGGGCGGCAUGGCGGAGGUGAAGCAGAAGCGAGUGCUGAGCCACGGGCCGCAGAUCGUGGUCGGCACUCCUGGGCGGCUGUGGGAGCUCAUGAGCCAGGGGGAGGAGCAUCUGGUGAAGCUUGACUACCUCUCCUUCCUCGUUCUAGACGAAGCUGACCGUAUGGCUGACCCGGGCAGGUUUAAAGAACUUUCUUCUAUUUUGGGGAUGCUGCCCCCCACUGCUGCUUCUCUUGCUGCUGCUAAGGCGAAGGAGGCGGCUCUGGCAGCCAGAGACGCUGCUCGGGCAGCCAAAAAGGCAGCACGGGCAGUUAAAUUAGCCAAGGAAAGAGACGCGGCGAGAGGAAAGGGAGGAAAAGGGAAAGAGGGCAGAGAAAAGGUCGGAAGGAAGGGGAAAGGAAGAAGUGGGAGAAGGAGAGGAGGUGUUCCCCUCCCAGCCUCCCACUCUUGCGAAGAAGAAGCGCCAGGUUCUGGUCUUCUCAGCAACGCUCGUCCUGCCCGACGACACCCGCGGGCAGCUGCAAGGAAAAAAACGAGCGCCAGGAGCAGCAGGGGCAGCAGGGAGGCAUGCAGGAAAGAGGGGCCGAGAGGCAGCAGAGGGAGAGGGGGAGGGGAGGAGGAUGAGGGAGACAAGGAGAGGGAGAAGGGGCUUGAGAGGGACAGGGUGGUGGCUUCGCUAAUGGAGCUGACUGGCAUGCGACCGUCACCAGCCAUCGUGGAUCUGACCACGGCUGACGUGGUGGCGAGCGGCGUCCAGGAGGCAGCGCUAGAGUGCGACGACAGCAUGAGGGACGUCUUUCUGCUCUACCUGCUGCGAAUGCACGGCACGUUCGGCCGCACGCUCGUCUUCUGCUCUGCCAUCUCCUCUGUCCGUCGGCUCGCCUCCCUCCUGGCGCUCCUGCAGGUGCCUUCCUUCCCCCUGCACGCGCAGCAGCAGCAGCGCCAGCGACUGAAGGCGUUGGAUCGUUUCCGGCAGCACCCGAGCGGAGUGCUGGUGGCAACUGACGUGGCGGCCAGAGGGCUCGACGUUCCUGAGGUGCGGCUGGUGGUGCACUACCAGCUGCCCCACACCGCAGAGGGCUACGUGCACCGUUGCGGUCGUACUGCCAGAGGAGCUGCCUCCGAGGGGUGCUCCGUGGCCCUGGUGACGCCUAAAGACUCCAUCAAAUACUCGUCGCUGCUGAGGAAACUCAACAAGUCCGGCCCUCUCCCCACCUUUCCUGUGGAUCAUAAUUAUCUCCCCAACCUCAAGCAAUGUGUCAGCCUGGCUUUAAGUGUCGACACUCUCUCCCGCAAGCACUCCAAGGAGAAAGCGGAAACUUCCUGGAAGCAGCGCGCUGCCAAGGCGGUGCAGGUGAAUCUGGAGGAGGGGGGUGCUGACGUGGCAGGAGGGGAGGAGGAGGAGGAAGAGGAGGACGAAGAGGGAGCAGAGGAAGAGAGUGAGGAGGAAUAUUUUGAUGAUUUUGACGAGGCGGGAGGGGAGAGUGACGACGAGGGGGAGAGGGGAGGGCGAGGGAAGGGGAACAAGAAACGCCAGCAGGAGGAGCGGAGGAGCAAAAGAAGGCGAGGAGGAGCGAGGGGGGAGGAAGGGGGAGAAGGGGAGGCGGAUAGAGGGGUGGAUGUGAGGAGGCUGGUUGGGAGGGGGGAGAAGCGCGGAUGGGAGGGGCCAGGGGAAACAGGGGAGGAUGGGCGACAGCAGAUGAAGCAAGAAGUGAUGGAGCUGCAGCGGAUGAAAGAGACUCUGAAGCAAGCUGUCUCGCAGCCGCUCAGGCCCACCAACCUGCGCUCACUCAUCGCCGCUUCCGGUAUGACAACCGAGCUGGCCAAUCAGCUGCGAGCAAACCCAGCCUCUGUCGCCACGUCAGCAGCAGCAACCACCCCCGCAAACAGUAGGGUACUCCCCAAUCCAUAUCUUUCUAUGGCAACAGCUAGGGCAGGGAAGCAGUGGGUAGCAGGGGGGAUGCAGGGAGGGGAGCGAGGGGAAGGGGAGGGGGGAGGGGAGGGUGGAAUGCUGGGGGAGGUGCAACUGGUCGAGGGGCUGGUGGAGGGGCAGGGAGAAUGGCUGGAGUGGUUGGUUCAAGGCAAGCUGAUGCAGUCACUGCGUUGAAGCGGGCAGGUGGAGGGAAAUCUGCGCGCAAGUGAUAGCGUGUUCACUCCACAGUGCCAUAAAAUAGUUACGGUGUGGAUGAAUGGAAUCACUGAUUUUCAAUCUUGUUCAUUGUAGCAGCAAAACAUUCAGAACACAGUCGAAGAGCAACUUUUCUGCUUCCCACAUGAGGCUGACAAGGUCUCACAUGUGCAAUUCAGCACAUAUCUUGU